AUGGGCGAUGACCGAUCUUAUGAUGCUGUCGAGAAAUCUGAACAGUGGGCUGUUUGUCGCCGGGUGGUUCAUUCGACGUCUCAGGAGCUCUGGCACUAUCACUGCCCAGUGAAUAUGUCUCAUCGAGUUUAUCCAAGUGGAUCUUCGAUACUUGGUGGAAUACUACAGCGUUCACUGCUUCAAAUGAUGAUUGAACAUGUUAUUGAGCUCUGCUUGUGCUUAGCGAAGGUUCGCAGUCCUAUUCAUCACGAAAGGAUAACGUUGGCUGCAUAUGGAUCUCGUGCAGCUCUCAGCCUCCCUGAAAUGUAUCUGUAUCUCACAGUCGGAUUUCUAAUGGAAUCGGAGAGCCCGUGGAGGUGA